AUGACUCCGGCGCCCCCGCAGCCGCCGCCGCCCCCGCCGCCGCCGCCCCCGGGCCAGAGCCCCGCCGCCGGCUCUCCCGCCGAGACCCGCCCGGAGCCUCCCGGGCCCCUGGGCCCCCUGGUCGUCCUGUUCGGGGCCACGGCCGGCGCCCUGGGGCCGGAUCUGGGCACCGACGAGACCGACUUAAUCCUGCUGGUGUGGCAAGUGGUGGAGCCGCGGAGCCGCCAGGUGGGGACGCUGCACAAGUCGCUGGUGCGCGCCGAGGCGGCCGCCCUGAGCCCGCAGUGCCGCGAGGCGAGCGGCCUGAGCGCCGACAGCCUGGCGCGGGCCGAGCCGCUGGACAAGGUGCUGCAGCAGUUCUCACAGCUGGUGAUCGGGGAUGUGGCUCUGCUGGGCGGGGGCACCUACGUGCUCUGCACUGACGGACAGCAGCUGCUGCGCCAGGUCCUGCACCCUGAGGCCUCUAGGAAGAACCUGGUACUCCCCGCCACCUUCUUCUCCUUCUACGACCUCCGCAGAGAGUUCCAUGCGCAGCACCCAAGCGCCCGCCUCGCCAGGGACCUCACCGUGGCCACCAUGGCACAGGAGUUGGGGCUGGAAACAGACGCCACAGAGGAUGACUUUGGGGUCUGGGAAGUGAAGACAAUGGUAGCUGUCAUCCUCCACCUACUCGAAGGGCCCAGCGGUCAGUUGUUUUCGAAGCCCGAGGUGAUAAAGCAGAAAUAUGAGACCGGACCUUGCAGCAAGGCCGAGGUGGUGGACAGCGAGACCGUGGUCCGGGCCCGUGGGCUGCCCUGGCAGUCGUCAGACCAGGACGUGGCCCGCUUCUUCAAAGGACUCAACAUCGCCAGGGGCGGUGUGGCCCUCUGCCUCAACGCCCAGGGGCGAAGAAACGGCGAGGCCCUCAUCCGCUUUGUGGACAGCGAGCAGCGGGACCUGGCGUUGCAGAGACACAAGCACCACAUGGGUGUCCGCUACAUUGAGGUAUACAAAGCCACGGGAGAGGAGUUUGUCAAGAUCGCAGGGGGCACGUCGCUAGAGGUGGCGCGGUUCCUGUCGCGGGAAGACCAGGUGAUCCUGCGGCUGCGGGGGCUGCCCUUCUCGGCUGGGCCAGCGGACGUGCUCGACUUCCUGGGGCCCGAGUGCCCGGUGACGGGGGGCGCCGACGGGCUGCUCUUUGUGCGCCACCCUGACGGUCGGCCCACGGGCGACGCCUUUGCCCUCUUUGCCUGCGAGGAGCUGGCUCAGGCUGCCCUGCGCAGGCACAAGGGCAUGCUGGGUAAGCGAUACAUCGAACUCUUCCGAAGCACUGCGGCCGAGGUGCAGCAGGUCCUGAACCGCUAUGCUUCCAGUCCACUCCUUCCCACGCUGACGGCCCCACUGCUGCCCAUCCCCUUCCCGAUGGUGGCCGGGACCGGGAGGGACUGCGUACGCCUCCGAGGCCUGCCCUACACGGCCACCAUCGAAGACAUCCUGAGCUUCCUGGGGGAGGCAGCCGCGGACAUCCGGCCCCAUGGGGUGCACAUGGUGCUCAACCAGCAGGGCCGGCCCUCCGGCGACGCCUUCAUCCAGAUGACGUCGGCAGAGCGGGCCUUGGCCGCUUCUCAGCGCUGCCAUAAGAAAGUGAUGAAGGAGCGCUACGUGGAGGUAGUCCCCUGCUCCACGGAGGAGAUGAGCCGCGUGCUGAUGGGGGGCACUCUGGGUCGCAGUGGCAUGUCUCCCCCACCCUGCAAACUACCCUGCCUCUCGCCACCAGCCUACGCCACCUUCCAAGCCACCCCAACGCUCAUUCCCACCGAGACGGCAGCUCUCUACCCCUCCUCGGCACUGCUCCCAGCUGCCAGGGUGCCUGCCGGCCCCACCCCCAUUGCCUACUACCCCGGGCCAGCCACUCAACUCUACAUGAACUACACAGCUUACUACCCCAGCCCCCCCGUCUCUCCCACCACUGUCGGCUACCUCACCACGCCCCCUGCGGCCCUGGCUUCUGCUCCUACCUCAGUGUUGUCCCAACCAGGAGCCCUGGUCCGUAUGCAGGGUGUCCCAUACACAGCUGGUAUGAAGGAUCUGCUCAAUGUCUUUCAGGCCUACCAGCUCGCCCCGGAUGACUACACCAGCCUGAUGCCUGUGGGUGACCCACCCCGCACUGUGUUACAGGCCCCCAAAGAGUGGGUGUGUUUGUAG